UCCAGUUGGACUUUAAAUUAAUAAGAUAUAUGAACUAAAAAGCGUUAUGCUGCUACGGAAGGAUUUGUUCGCAGCUUCCGUUUCAAAGCUAAAUCCAAACAAUAAAAGAAGAUAAUCAAAACAAGAAGAUUCAAAAUCGGAUUAUCUUCUUCGUUUGUUUCCCCGUGAGAAGUUUUCGUUUUUGAAUUAGGGUUUUUGGUUCUUCUGCUGCAAAAGGUUUUCACAAGAUAUGGGUGGCUCUGUUGGUGAAGAAACUGAGCCAGAAUGGAUUAAGAGAGUGAAACUAGAGGGUGCUGUUCCGUGUCUUCAGCCAGACAACUGCCAAAAUGGUUGGACUACGCCAUCUCCUGACACAUUUAUGGUUAGAGGACCAAAGUAUUUCUCUGACAAUGUUAAAGUUCCUGCUGGUGAUUUCCUUCUAAAGCCUCUGGGUUUUGAUUGGAUCAAAGGUCCUACAAAGCUUUCUGAGAUCCUGAGUUAUCCGAGCAGCAGAAUCAGGAAAGUUAUCGAUGAGGAGUUUCAAGCAGAUGGAACUAAGCCUUUUGUAUGGGCAUUUAAUCUCCAGCUUCCCCACAAAGACAAUUACAGUGCUGUGGCUUACUUUGUUGCCACAGAGCCUAUCCUUGAAGGCUCCCUGAUGGAUCGGUUUCUGAAAGGAGAUGAUGGGUUUAAGAAAUCGAGGCUUAAACUGAUUGCAAACAUUGUCAACGGCCCUUGGAUUGUAAGAAAAGCUGUUGGAGAGCAAGCGAUCUGUGUGAUUGGACGUGCACUGUCUUGCAAAUAUGUUUCAGGAGAAAACUUUGUGGAGAUUGAUGUUGAUAUCGGUUCUUCAAUGGUCGCUAGCGCCAUUGUUCAUCUCGCAUUUGGUUACAUCACAACAUUGACCGUUGAUCUUGCGUUCCUCAUUGAGAGUCAGACGGAAGCAGAGCUUCCAGAAAAGCUACUAGGAGCUGUGAGAUUCUCUGAGCUGCAGACCGAGUCAGCCAAGUUUAUCGAACUGAGCACCAGUAAUGAGCGGUGGGAUCAAACUACCUCAGAGCGGUCGAGCUGGUGGAAAUCGAUUGGUAAUGGAUUCUCUAAUCUGCUUAACCAAGAUACAGCCAACAUGAACAAUACUUCUCAUGGGGAAAUCCAGAACCAGAAGGAUGAACAUGUACAACAGAAGCAGUAAGUGUUUUGGGAGUUAACUUCACAAUUCUUUGAAUUUGUUCGAUCUCAUUUACCAAAAACACACAAACAAAAACUUGUCAAUUCUUAAAAAACCGCAGAUGUAUAGAUUGGUUUUUUACUAAUAUGGAUGGAUAUAUCCAACAACAAUUCUUGUGACCAAACAACCAUGCCUAAUUUUUGUAUUGGUGUCUUUUAGGAUCAUUUUUUUUUUCUAGAACAGGCUACACAGUCAAUUCUUUGUUUGUUAACAUACCAGUAUAUUUUUUUAA